GAAGCUUGGUGAGAGCAAGGGGGAGAGAUGCUGUCAAACCACAUUUUUGACCUUUUGCUGCUUAAUUUUGUCCCCAGGGCCUCCCUAGCUACGGAGUGCGCCAGUAUCAUGGAAAAGCUUUUCUUGCCUCUUCUGAUGCUUGGCACCAUGGCAAAAGCUCAGCACUGCCCUGGCCGCUGCAUCUGCCAGAACAUCUCCCCAACGUUGACCAUGCUGUGUGCCAAGACGGGCCUCCUGUUCGUGCCACCAACCAUUGACCGGCGCACGGUGGAGCUGCGCCUGACGGACAACUUCAUCACCGUCAUCCGCCGGAAGGACUUCUCCAACAUGACCAACUUGGUGCACCUCACCCUCUCCCGGAACACCAUCAGCCAGAUCCUGCCCUACGCCUUCGCCGACCUGCGUGCCUUACGGGCUUUGCACAUGAACAGCAAUCGUUUGGCAGUCCUGAAGAAUGAGCACUUCCGAGGACUGGGCAACCUCCGGCACCUCAUCCUGGGGAACAAUCAGAUCAGCCUCAUUGAGUCUUCGUGUUUUGAUGAGUUCCUCUCCACCGUGGAAGACCUGGACCUCUCCUAUAACAACUUGGAGGCCUUGCCAUGGGAGGCCAUUGGCCAGAUGGUGAGUCUCAACACUCUUACUCUGGACCACAACCUCAUUGACCAUAUUGCUGAGGGCACUUUCUCCCAGCUCCAGAAGCUGGUACGGUUGGACAUGACAUCUAACCGGCUGCAGAAGCUGCCCCCGGACAACCUCUUCUUGAGGGCUCAAGUGUUGGCCAAUGUCCAUGGGACACACCCUUCCACCCUGACCAUCAGCUUUGGGGGCAACCCACUGCACUGCAACUGUGAGCUUCUCUGGCUGCGGAGACUCACGCGGGAGGAUGACCUGGAGACCUGUGCCUCCCCAGAACAUUUGAUGGAUAAGUAUUUUUGGUCGAUCCCCGAAGAGGAGUUCAUCUGUGAACCUCCACUCAUCACCCGCCAAUAUUCCAGCAAGGCGUUCAUCAUGGAAGGCCAAGGCGUGAGCCUCAAAUGCAAAGCAGUGGGUGACCCAGAACCUUCCAUCCACUGGAUUGCGCCUGACGGCAAGCUAAUCCACAACACCACCCGCGCAACCAUCUACGACAACGGCACGCUGGACAUCCUCAUUACUACCUUAAAGGACAACGGGGUCUUCACCUGCAUCGCCUCCAAUGCGGCAGGAGAGGCCACCGCCCCUGUCGAAAUCUGUAUUGUACCUCUGCCCUUGCUGGUUAACCAUACUGGCCACGUGAAGGAGCCUGACCCUGGCUCAUCCGACAUCACCACCUCUGCCAAAUCGGGCGCCAACGAAACCAAGAAUCACCAGGACAGGAAGAUUAUAGCCACUGACCUGACAUCUACUUCGGUGGUCAUCCACUGGCCCUCGGAACGGCACAUCCCUGGCAUUCGUAUGUACCAGAUCCAGUAUAACAGCUCCUUGGAUGACUCUCUGGUCUACAGGAUGAUUCCCUCGUCCAGCAAGACCUUCUUGGUGAACGACUUGGCAGCAGGCCGGGAGUAUGACCUGUGUGUCUUGGCAGUGUAUGACGAUGGCGUGACGUCCCUCACAGCGACCCGGGUGGUGGGUUGCGUGCAAUUCACCACUGAGGGGGAGGGCGCCCAGUGCCACUCGCUCCACACCCAGUUCCUGGGGGGCACCAUGAUCAUCAUCAUCGGGGGCAUCAUCGUGGCCUCGGUGCUGGUCUUCAUCAUCAUCCUCAUGAUCCGAUACAAGGUGUACAGCGGCCAGGAGGAGCAGAAGAAAGCCAAGGUCAGCAACGUCUACUCCCAGACCAACGGGGGCCAUCCGCCCACCGCGACCGCGUUGCCCCCCUCGGCCUUCAAAGCCGGGGAGGACAGGUAUGAAACUCUCCAAGAGAUCACUUCCAAGGGCCCCAGGCCCAGUGGGGAAACCAAGUUCGACGCCCCCCACGGGCAAGACAUCCCCUUGACUGAGCCGGAUAAAAGGGCAACUCGGAUGUCCACUGACCUCCAAACAGUGGCUGUCUUGACUUCUGACGAAGGGCAGACGGAGGUCAGGAGGGCCGGCUCGUUGGUCUCCCUGUGCCUCCUCGAGGACCCUGGGGGGACCCCCCAGCUCCGGGCCAAGUCAGGCAGCAGCGAGUCGGGGGCUUUCCCUCGUGAACUGUCCAGGACUCACCACCACCGCCAUUCCUUCGACGGGGAUUACUCGCUCUUCCAGAGUUACAGCUAUCCCCGCCGCACACGGACAAAAAGGCACAUGUCCAGUUCCCAGUUGAACUCGGAGGAGCAUCCCUUGAGCCACAGACGGGUCACUUUUAACAGCACGGAGUGGAUGCUUGAAAGCACAGUCUGAGGGGGUGGAACAGGGGCUGCCAGACGCACAAGUUUGGGGCACAGCAACCAGG